UUUAGGAAAAUUAAUGGGGCCAGUAUGUCUUCGUGCAGUUUGUGUAUAAAUAAGUUUUCCAAACUCUUUAAUCCCAAGGAUAGAGUACUAGGCACACAAUUGUCUAGUGUAAUAGAUUUUAUAAUUGGUGAUCAUGUUGAGUUCCCUCCAAAAUUCCUUAUCUGCCCUGAGUGCUCAGCGGGCCUUAUAAAAACAGAAUUCGUUUUAGAACGUCUCUUAAAAUCCUUGCCCGGCAACAAAAGUUUUAAGAAACGCCUAUUAAAUAGUGCCUUCUCACAAAACGAGCAGGAUGAAAGCACGGAUGAGCGGGAAGACCAACGAAAAGAGAAUGAGAAUGAAGAGGUGGACAGUUCAAAAAAGCAAGAUGCCUCCAAAUCGAGUGACGUCUGGACCUUUCAUUGUGCGCACUGUGAGUUGACAACAAACAAAGCAAACUUGUACAAAAAGCACUUGCUAAUUGAGCAUCAGGUGGAUAAUCCGCGAAUCUAUCAGUGCAUGUAUUGCCAAGAAACAUAUCAGCGCAUCAAUGGUAUACAAAAUCACAUUGCAUGUGUGCAUGACAAUAAACCACGCCCAAAAAGCCAGCGACGUAAAACCAUUGCCUUUGAUACUUCGGCUGUGCUAAGCAGCACUACCAUCAAGAGUCAACUGGACAAGGAAAUCUCAAUGGUUAACACUACUAUCGAGAAUAACGCAGCGGAUGAUCCGAAUGCACCUUAUGAAUUCGAGUGCACACACUGUAAAUAUAAAACAGUAAAUCCUAAAAUGUACAAAAAACACCUGAAAAUCAAGCAUGAAAUUGAAGAUUCACGCAUUUAUAAGUGCAAGCGCUGCCCUAGCACAUAUGUACGACAAUUUGCAUUACAAAAUCAUAUUGCAUAUGAGCACGAAAAUAAGCCCAAACCAAAACUGCAACGACGCAAGUCUGUUGCGGCAGCAGACUUGGAAACUUACACAACCGGAGACAAAGGAGACUUGGCAGUCAUUAAAGUAGCGCAAAAAGAACCAGAAGAGACUGAAGGACACGGGGAACAGGAAGUGAAUAAUGAAAACUAUACAGUGUACCAAAACGGAAAUAUUUCAAUUAAAAGCAUUACUGAUGAGCAAGAAAACCAACAUGAACAUGAUUUUCAAACGACCUUAAAGAGGAAACUUAAUCAUUUAAGCUCAAGUCAAAUUUCCUCUGCCGAGUGGGUAUUCCAAUGUUCUGUUUGCGACUUCGAAAGCAUAAAGAGAAAAACAUAUAAAGCACACAUGACCAGUCAGCAUGGUGGAAUCGAUGGCGGUAUUUACAAAUGUAUUUACUGUUCAGCUGCAUACGAGCGCUACAGCUUACUACAGAGCCACGUAACAAAUAAACAUUGUCAAUACGAUUUGAAUACAGUGAGUGAUUCGCAACCCAUAUAUUCCGGUUCCGGGCAAGAUCAAGAUACAUCAGCGAAGAAACGACGAGUUCAAGAAACACCAAAGAAAUCUAAGCAAUUAAAGCAUAUAGAAUCCAGUCAAGAAGAGCCGAAAAAUAUAGGGAGGCUCAAUGGCGAGAAGUCUCAGCAAAAGGAGACUUGCGUUGUCUGCGGCAAAGCAUAUUCGACUGUAGAUAAGUUACGCGAGCAUAUGGAUAAACAGCAUGGUGGCGAUCAAAUAAAAAGUUGUCCCAAUUGUGAUGCAAAAUUUCGUGCCGUGGAAAAGUAUGAGGCUCAUCUGUUUAGUGAGAAGUGUCUGGACACCAAGCUAGCAUGUCAAUAUCCCAGCUGUCCGAAACGGUUUAAAAAACGCUCGAAAAUGCAACAACAUAUGAAAGAGAAACAUCCAGAAUUAAUGAGCUAAAUAAGGUAGAAGCAUGGUGUAAUAAUAACAAAGUGUUGUCAGUAACUU